CGCAGGAUUUGCUUGGGGCGUAACUUCCGCGCGUGGAGGUCUAGGAGUCGUUGAGAUGAAUCGUGAGUGGAGUAUUGUUUCCACGGCUCUGCAAGAAGGCAGACAUGAACUUGUAGUUUCUGGAAAGGAAUUUUGUCAACUGAUUGAAAAAUCUGGAUUAGAUCAAAGAAUUUAUCAUUUGAAAAAGUUAAAUUUCCUGGAAAUUUCACAUACUUGUCUGGAGUCGUUGUCUGAAGAUAUAUCGAAAUUGUCAAGUUUGGCUCAAUUAUGCCUUACAACAAAUAUGUUGAAAUCUAUCCCUGUCGGUCUGGGCUGUCUUCACUCUCUGCGUUCUUUGGAUUUAUCUUUCAAUAAACUUACAGAGAUUCCUGAUAUUUUCCAUAGUCUGUCUAGUUUAUCCUGUCUCAUUUUAUCUGGUAAUGAAAUACAAAGUAUGCCGUCUGUUAAAGGGUUGACUUCGCUACACGAGUUCUUAGCGUCAAAGAAUAAGCUGAGUUUACUGCCUGAUGGAAUAGAUUCGCUUACCAGUCUGACAGUAUUGGAUGUUUCCUACAAUCAAAUUACCACUUUGCCUAAAGAUAUCUGUAAUCUAAGCAGUUUGAAGAAUGCAAACUUUGCAGAGAAUUCAUUAACUGAUUUCCCGGCAAAUAUUCAUCGGUGUCGUAAAUUAAAUCAGUUGAAAAUUCAUGGUAAUCCGUUUAAAGAUAAUCGUUUGAAGAGAUUAUCUGUUGACGAUCAUUCACCGACUGCUCUAUUGGCGUAUCUACGUCGAUUGGAUGAAAGUGGCGGAGGAGGAGGAGGCAAAGCAAAGAAGGCUCAUGACAAGCAACCACCAGCAGCAUCCAAAGUAUCAUCCAAUGGAAGCGAUAAUACAGAUGCUACCAGUCCCCAGCCAGAAGAACCUGCGGAAAAUUUAAUUGCACAUCUUGUUAUUCAACGUCCAAGUGAAGAAGAGCAAUAUCAAAUCAAUCAAAUGCACUCAGUCAAGUCUGGCCCUCGUCCAUUCAUUGUCGCUUGUACUAUACACGGGGUAAACUUCUCAUCUGAGGGUAAAUUGAAAGCAUUUUUACGUGCUCAAGAAGACUGGCAUCGUGAUAUUGGUCAAAUGCGUCGUCAAGCCACUUUAGCUACACAUGAUUUAAGAGAAGUUGUCUUUCCACUCACUUACAGCUUAGAAGAAGCCCAAUCAUUUGAGAUUCAUCCGUUAAAUCGAGCUAAUGUAUGCACAGGAGAAGCAUUUCUUAAACAAUUAGUUCAUGAAGCUCAAAUGGAUAGAAAAUCUCGUAAACAGGCGAAAUUCAGUCAAAUCUAUCGCUAUUUAAAUGUGUUGAAUAUUGAAGGUGCAAUGGCAGCAAAUAUAUUUAGCAAAGUCAUGGUUCCUGUUGUGGUAGACAAAAAGUUGACAGUUAUCUCUGUUCCCCCACUGACCAACAGUCACAGUACACGUCUGAAGGUUGAUACACGAGACAUCCUGAUUGAAGUUACCGGUGUUAAUCUGUCUUUAUGCCAGAAAUUCGCUGAGUUGGUCAUUGCUUGGUUACUGGAAAAUACUUGCUCCCAGACAGUACAGGCCACCGUGGGUAGUGCUGGCGGCGGUGGUGAUCAGACUGCUGAAAACGCAACAUCACAACAAUCUCAACUGGUCAAUGAAGUGAACUCCAAGUUAACUGUAAACAACACUGUUAUCAUCCCGACAAAUUCCUUGGUGGUUCGUCCAAUUCGUGUUGUCGGCAUCAAUGCUGACUCAAAUCUCAGUUUCAUAUUCCCAUCUCGAACUGAUUUGACUGAUCCAAAGUUUCACACGAUUCGUUAGGCCAUUUAAUUAUAAUAACAUGAUCACGAUUACGUAAUUAUUAUUUUAUUCUGUGACACAGAGUGUAUUGGUUGGAUUCCCAUGGUAAUUUUGCUUCAUCACAUUUUGCUUAUGGUGGUGGGUGUAUGAGUUAUUGCAAACUGUCAUUGUUUAUCAUCAUCAUUAUUCAUUUUGUAAUAUUCUUACUAUCUUUUUUUAUACAUACAUAAGCACUGACAUAUUAUUGUUAUCAUUUUUUUAAAGAGGGA